GUGAAUAUCGGCUCUCAAAGCGACCGCAUUGAGGCGCAAUAUCUUGGGUUCAAAUCGCAUGGUGGACAAACCACAUCCUUCGCUAAAUUAGAUCGAGCAGCUCCGUUAACAAAGCCCCUGGCAAGAUGCAGAUCAAGGACCGACUGUUCUACAUCACUGGCGCCGCAUCAGGCCUAGGCGCUGCAUCUGCCCGCUUGUUGCACUCCAAGGGUGCGUACGUCGCGCUCUUGGACAUCAACCUGCCCGCCGUGCAAGCGCUCGCAAGGGAGCUCGGCUCUGGCCGUGCACACGCCGCGCAGGUCGAUGUGUGUAGCGAGAAAGAUGUACAGGAUGCGAUUGACGAGUGCGAUAGAUUCUGGAAGAACAAUAAUCCCGUAGUUGGUGGUGUACUAAAUGCCGGAGGUGUUGGAAUAGCGGGCAAGAUACUCAACCAGGAUGGGGAGCCAUUUGAUCUCGAUACAUACAAGACCGUCAUCGAUAUCAAUCUGAUUGGGACAUUUAACGUCUCGCGUCUUGUAGCUGCGCGUAUUGUCCGGGACGUGCGCAAGCCGAUACAGAAAGCGGAUGAACAUACGUCAGAUCGAGGCGUCAUCAUCAACACAGCAUCCGCCGCUGCACUGGAAGGACAAGCUGGCCAAGCGGCAUACUCAGCGUCCAAAGGUGGGGUGCUCGCCAUGGGCCUGCCGCUCGCAAGAGACUUAGCGUGGUAUGGGAUCAGGGUCAUGACUCUGGCACCUGCUUUGUUUUCAACAGCCAUGACGGAUACACUUCCAGACAGGGCCAAAGCCAAAAUCCUGCAAAGUGCAGAGUUCCCCGUCAGAUUCGGAAGACCCGAUGAAUUCGCCCAUGCCGUAGUGGCGAUCAUCGAAAACGAAAUGAUGAACGGAUCCUACAUCCGAUUGGAUGGCGCAACUAGAUUGGGAAAACUAUGAUACAUUAUAUAGGUACUUAAAAUUGCAUUUGCAAAGGGUCG